AUGGGAAUAAAGGGUUUAACGAAGCUAUUAGCUGAUAAUGCACCAAAGGCGAUGAAAGAGCAGAAAUUUGAGAGCUAUUUUGGCCGUAAAAUUGCCGUUGAUGCCAGCAUGAGCAUAUAUCAGUUCCUUAUUGUUGUUGGAAGAAGUGGCACUGAAAUGCUCACCAAUGAAUCUGGUGAAGUGACUAGUCAUUUGCAAGGAAUGUUCACAAGGACAAUCAGACUUUUGGAAGCUGGAAUUAAACCAGUUUACGUUUUCGAUGGGAAGCCUCCUGAUCUGAAGAAACAAGAACUUGCAAAACGAUAUUCUAAAAGAGCCGAUGCUACUGAAGACCUAAAUGAUGCUUUAGAGACUGGAAACAAGGAGGAUAUUGAAAAAUUCAGUAAAAGAACUGUAAAGGUCACUAAGCAACAUAAUGAAGACUGCAAAAAGCUUCUUAGGCUUAUGGGAGUACCAGUGAUAGAGGCCCCUUCCGAAGCUGAAGCCCAAUGUGCUGCCCUUUGUAAAUCAGGCAAGGCUUAUGCUGUCGCCUCUGAGGAUAUGGAUUCCCUCACUUUUGGAGCUCCACGUUUUCUGCGUCAUUUAAUGGAUCCUAGUUCCAAAAAGAUCCCGGUGAUGGAAUUUGAAGUCUCAAAGGUGCUGGAGGAAUUGAACCUCACAAUGGAUCAAUUUAUAGACCUCUGCAUUCUCUCUGGUUGUGAUUAUUGUGAUAGCAUACGAGGUAUUGGGGGGCUGACAGCUUUGAAGCUGAUUCGCCAACAUGGUUCGAUCGAAAACAUUCUGGAGAAUAUUAGCAAAGAAAGGUACCAAAUACCAGACGACUGGCCGUACCAGGAGGCUCGAAGACUUUUCAAAGAACCAUCUGUUUUCACUGAUGAUGAUCAACUUGAUCUCAAGUGGUCUCCUCCUGAUGAAGAGGGAUUGAUAACCUUUUUGGUCAAUGAAAACGGGUUCAACAGUGACAGAAUAACUAAGGCAAUUGAAAAGAUCAAGGCCGCCAAGAACAAAUCAUCCCAGGGCCGGUUAGAAUCGUUCUUUAAACCAGUUGCUAGCACAUCCGUACCCGCUAAACGAAAGGAAACAAUCGAGAAAAAUAAGAAGGAAUCUGUAAAGAAGACCAAGGCUGCUCCAGUAAAGAAGAAAUAG